AUGGCUCCAAGAACAAAGACUUCUUCACACCAAGAGAAAGAAACUCUGAGGCACUUCACCCAUCCUCAACAUGUCCUAAUGAAGCAAGCUUUUGAAGAUAUACAAAACGAAGGUUAUGAUAAUGACGAGUUUGUAUGUGAUGGAUGCGGCAUGGAUGGUUCUGGUGUUAGAUACCAUUGCAAACAAUGUGGUUUCGACCUCCACGAGGAUUGCGCAACAUGUACUGAGGAUCUCACCUCUAACAUUCAUCCUAAUCAUCCAUUGCAACGGAUGUGGAAGGGAUCAGAUGGUCAGUCGCGUCCUUGCAAUGUCUGUGGUGAUCAAGUACAAGGUCUUUUCUACAAAUGCUCAUCUGGUGCUGCUGAAACACGCUACGGGAAGCAUUACUUCUUCAUUCAUCCAGUAUGCUCCAAAUUGCCAUUGCAAGUGCGUCAUUUAAUUGACGGAAACCACCCACUGAAGCUUCAAUCGGUUCCGGAAAUUCGCGAUUCCUGGUGUGCUAUCUGUAAGAAACUUGUUUCUUCCAUUUCGUGGAGUUACAGAUGUGACCCAUGUGGAAUCACUAUCCAUCCUCAGUGUAUUACUCUUCCAUAUGAAAAUGUUCAGUCUUCUAGAACUCGUUCUUCUGGAACUCAAUCUUUGGGAACUCGCUCUACAGCCGUAUCACAAGUGGAACAGGCUGCAGCAGACGCGGAUGCUUUGGCGGCUGCUAUGUAUGCUGCUAAAAUAUCUGCAAAAUCAAACAGAAAUAUUCUAGAUUGUAUCUAG